AUGCGGGCAAGUCUCCGUUUAUUUGCGGCCCCUGUUCCUCCAUCUUUUCGGCCAGGCCAACGAGCACAAGCUCUGGCUUUGCUCCCUCCCAUCCCGCUAUAUCGUCGUCUCCUGCGCAUUCAUCGCAAGAGGCUCAACCCCGAAGAACGCCUGUUUGGCGACACCUACCUCAAGGCAGAGUUCCGGAGACACAAAGACAUUGAAAAUCCAUUGCACAUUGUCGGAUUUCUGACGGAAUGGCAGCAAUAUGGCCAACAGAUUGAAGGGGAUGACUGGAAAGAUCAAAAAAUUGACCCUGCAUUGUUGGAUAAAUUGAGCGACCAACAAGUUGGACAGAUGUAUGAACUCAUGUUGGCGAUUCAGAGGAGAGGGAGAGAGAGUGUGGAUGAGGAAGAGGAGGGAGAGAUUUUGAGGGCGAUUGACGAGGCUAAAGGCUCAGGAACGACUUAA